AUGAGAAUCGGCGGCGUCGAGAUUAUGCAAUAUGCGUCGGAGAUGAUGAUGUCUUCAUCGUCAUCUUCGGCGGUGGAAGCGUUGAAUCUCAAGGAUGCUUCGAAUUGGUGGUCGGACGUAAAUGAGUCGCCGAUUUGGCAGGAUCGUAUCUUCCAUUUCCUCGCUAUUCUCUACGGAAUCGUUUCCAUCGUUGCUGUGAUUCAACUUGUGAGGAUCCAAUUGAGAGUUCCGGAAUAUGGCUGGACGACGCAAAAGGUCUUUCACUUUCUCAAUUUCGUUGUGAAUGGAGUCAGGGCUGUGGUUUUUGUCUUCAGGCGAAAUGUGCAGUUCAUGCAUCCAGAGAUUCUGCAACAUAUCUUGCUUGAUAUUCCAAGUCUUGCUUUCUUCACCACCUAUGCUCUUCUAGUCCUCUUCUGGGCAGAAAUUUACUAUCAGGCGCGUGCGGUAUCUACUGAUGGACUGAGGCCAGGCUUCUUCACAAUAAAUGCAGUUGUGUAUGUUGUUCAGAUUGCUCUUUGGUUGGUUUUGUGGUGGAAGCCUGUUCGAAUUAUGGUGGUCCUAUCAAAGAUGUUCUUUGCAGGUGCUUCAUUGUUCGCUGCCCUUGGAUUCUUACUCUACGGUGGAAGGCUUUUCCUAAUGUUGCAACGGUUUCCAGUAGAAUCUAAAGGGCGUCGCAAAAAGCUCCAAGAGAUGUGCUUUGCUGCUUUCGACGAGGGAGCAAACCUUGAUGUGUUAGAUCAUCCUAUCCUUAACUUCAUAUAUUACCUGUUGGUAGAGAUAUUACCUUCCUCUCUGGUCCUCUUCAUCCUGAGAAAGCUACCUCCAAAACGAGGCAUCACACAAUACCAUCAGAUUCGCUGA